AGGCAUAAUGCAAAGCCCAUCCCGUUCCAACGUACUUCAGACUUGACCGCACUUUCCAAAAUGCUCUGACCAGAUUCCUGCCAUACCUGAAAGGACAAUUCGAUCCCUUCGACACUACCAAGGCUAUGUGAAGAAGCACCAGGAUCUGACACUUCUCUCUUCGCUUUCUCACCUCUGAUCGGACGUUCGAAGGGGCUCUGUUGUGAUCUACUACAAACCUUUCCGUACCACAAAUACACCUUCCACACCAUGUCAGACUUCGAUCUCGACCCCCUCGCAGAAUUGAACCGUCUCGCCGACGCUGCCUUGUCCACAGACGCUCAAGCAGCCUCCACAUACCCAUCUCCCGACACUAUCGCCCGCUGGCAACGUCUUUUCCACUACGACCGUAAGCAAGCACUCCAGCUCAUCACCGCCCAACGCCUCGACCUAUCCCGCACCCGCAUCUCCGACACUCACUGGGAGCUCGUACGCCCCUCCCGCGAAGCAGCUGGUCAUGAUCGCGAGAGCUACGAGCAUGCGCUGGGCCUUGGGAAGGUGUUGAAGGAGCAGUCGGCGACCAUCACGAUUACUACUGCGGACGGGAGGCAGGAGCAGGCGUUCGUAUUUCGAUUGGGGGGAUUGCUGGAGAACGCGGAGAAGGUUAGGGAGGUGGCGGGGCUAGAAAAGCUCCCGAAGGUUGUCAAUGGGCAAGGGGAGAUGGGACCGGCGCAGUUUUGUGUGGUGGACUUAAAGGCAAAGGGAAAGGUUGAGGAUUGGUUGGCCAUGUCCCAGGUGGCGCAGUCCGAAAAGGGUUCUUGAAGGGUGGCAUGAUUCUAGUGCCGAUUAUUGUGGAGUUUGGUCAUGAAUGAGAAUUAGUUCUUCUUGAUGAAUAAGGGAUGUGGAUGGUGAAGGAAAUCGGAUCACUGCAAGAAUAAUGCAGCAUCCUACUCUUCCAGGUUAGAGUACUACUGGAGAUAUUGACCCAAUAAUAACCAACAAUCCCUUACCCAGGCACGUGGGGUAUGGAAAUGGUGGCACAAUAAUUCUAGAACAAGCUGUCUCGUGUGUACACCUGUCUACCACUGCUUG